AUGGUUCAGGAUUCCAACAUCCAAUCCCACGAACUUGCUUUCACAAUGGAUGAUAAUCAGAAAAAGAUAAUCACCCUCAUCACGGAUGGAAAUCUCACUGAAUUAAUUCCUACCAUUGAAAUCGCUCUACAACACCACCAGAUCCCACCAACAGCCAUACUCCUCCAAACUGCAAUUCAAGCAAUGCAGCUAAAUGUGCUACAAUAUCUGCUUACUCAACUAUUUCCAAAGGACAAAGAUGAAGACAACAACGGAAAAGGGAAAAAUAAGCCACUAGGAACUUUAGACCGAGCAGUCAUCCUCGAAACACUGACCUCCGAACGAGUCCCAGCGUUUGAGCUGCUCUGUCGUCACGAUCCCUCGCUUCCAACCAUGCAACUAGGCCAUCUGGGAGCGCCGCUGGCAUGGGCCAUUCUGAGUGACAAUAUCCGACUGGCCUCGUUUUUACUCGCUAAAGGAGUUGACCCCAACGAAUGCCAGAUCAACUAUCGCAGCGCAGUAGUGGCAGUGGCGGGUAAAGGAUCAUGCGCCAUGAUGGAGCUCCUAUUGGAUCAUGGAGCUACCAUCGCAGGAACCGAUGCCCUGUUUGCUGCUGUGUGCAACCAACGUAUCGAUAUGCUGGCUCUCCUGGAGAAGAGAAGGAAGGUGGCAAAUACUAACGAUAUCAACCCGCAGACGGUGAGAGGAACCUGA